CGGUGGCCCGUUCUUGCCAGUUUUUGCGAUUUCUGGCGCCAUUUCUUGAAAGCUUCUGCGGAACUGUAAGCAGCCUCAAGUUUGACCUGGAUUUGGAGAGAUUGAUUCCGCUGGAAUCGUCCGUUUAACUCUUAUGUCUUGAGCAUGUGUUUUAUGACUGCGCGCCAUCGCCAGCAUAUUGUUCGUAAAUCAGCUGAACAAAGAUUUGCGGCCGUUCAAAGCUGCCGACCACGUGCCAACGACAGGGCUCUGUCAGACGACGAUGGAAGCUUCGAAGGCACCGGGAGAAAGUUGUGACCUCACCCGCUCAGUGCCCUUGCCUAAGUACAAUGCAGCCAGCAACAGAAUUUCGGCCGGCGAAACCGGCGGUUCAAGCGACAGCAAGGAGUACAAGCUUGGCCUCGAGCGCGCUGUCAGCACCGACACCUGGAAGGAUCACCUGGAUUUCGAACGUGCUUGUUCUUCGGCGGGACCAGGGGAAAGGUGCUGGUUGAUCGGCGAGCUGACUUCGUGGAACCGAGUUCUUCAAGGACUCGCAUUCGAGCUUGUCGAGGCCCAGCCAGGCAGUAUUCGCGCGCAGACGUUGGCGCACUCAAAGACCGACCUAGACAAGCCUGAUAAGGUUGUCGCCAGCGAGGCAUCGUUCCUGAUUUCGUGGCUUCUUGAGCACCAUCAAUGCAUCGACGAGUUGAGUGUGCUUUCUUAUAAGCACUCCAGCUACGAUGCAGAAAGUGCAAUUUCUUUCCCUAUUUGCAUGCGCCCGCCACUUGGAUGCGAACCCGACCGCUAUUUCCGCUGUCUGAAAAUCGAGCUGGCGGACUUCUCCUUUUCUAUGCAUCAGCAAGAGCAAACACCUUACUUGCACACAUUCGAAGGCCUCGACGCCGUCACCGGUCUCGAGAAGCUCAAAGUCGGCUCCCCAAAAAUCGAAUUCAGGUUCGCAGCAGAACUGGAGUCCCUUCUGCGACGCAACGCCAGCACCCUGAAAGCAGUGCAGAUCACGAAAGCGAUACUACCAAAAAAUGUUGACUACGCGCUGCGCUGUCUCGUCAACUGUGAGUCGCUGACUCUGUGCCCUUAUUUCGAUUGGGGCGACCGUGUCCCGAGCGUGGAUUCGGUGGCGCAACUCAUACGCAAGACAAGCGCACUGAAGAAGCUCAGUAUUUACCCGAUCGCAAAGAAGCAGCAGGUGACCACCAUAGCCGAAACUAUCAAAGUCAACACUUCAUUGGCAGAGCUUUACGUGCACGUUGUGCAAAUGAGCUGCUCGCCCGAGCCCUUAUUUGCUGCGCUCCAAGUCAACAGAACCCUUAAGGAACUGCGGCUUAUGCACUGCUGCAUCAAAGAAUCCUCUGGACGAGCAUUGGCAUCUGCUCUGUGGCAUAACACUAGCCUCCGCAGCCUGCACAUUGGCAACAGCACCAUUUCUGACAUCAGCAUGAAACUGUUGGCAGCUGUACUCCUGGUAAAUACAACAUUGGAACAGAUUCAACUUUCAAGUGAGCAGCUGCCCCUUGGAGGAAUCUUUGCACUGUGCUCUUCCCUGGGCAAGAACAAGACACUGAAAAAACUAGCAUUUGUUGACUUUCGAGCCUCCAAGCAAGGAAGGGAAGCCCUGGCACUGCAGCUGGCUAGGAGCGAGAGCUAUAGCCGCGUUCAGCUGCCCUGGGCCGAGCCAGACCUGCAUGGCUUGAGGAACGCCCUUAUCUCUCCUACAGUAUGCCCUGAAGAAGUAUGCUUUCGUGACAUUCGCCACCUACCAGAGGAAGGCCUCAAGCUACUCCUUGAUGCAGUUGCUGCGAGUGCAUGUGUUCACACUUUCAGGGUUUGCUUGAAAGGGAACCUUGGAACAAAGGGGGCAGCACUCUGUGAAAUGCUCAAGGCUAACCGGUCCAUUAGAACUCUGGAAAUUUCAAUAGAAAAGGAUUCAGGGAAUCUAGUCCACAACGUCUUGCUGGCCCUUGCGGCAAACACUUCAAUAUCCAAGCUCAUGAUUGGCAUUGACAUAAUAAACAAGUUUGAGACUGCCACCGACCUUUCUUACUUCCUAGCUCACAACAAGACAGUUACCUCACUUUUUUUGUCCUCGAUGACCUUCUUUUAUAAUGAAUUUGUGGGAGAGUUCUCGAAGGGAAUGUGGCAGAACAGGCUAAUUGUAAACUUCAAGCUAGCAUGCAACUUGCUUUGUAAUGAUGAGAGCUUCACUGUUUUUGAAGCACUGCGAAGGAACAAAGGUACUUUGAACCGUGCAGUUGAUUUUGUACUCCUGCACAAGACAGACAGGGAGUGUGCAGAAGCGUUUGAGCUGUUUUCUAAAACGCCUUGCCUCCUUGCCCAUGUUGUAAAUGUUACAGGGAAAAUGGAAGGUGAGGCAUUGGUGGACAUAGCCUCAGCGGCUCACUUCUUGACUGACAACUAUCUCAUCAUCACAGGGGUUGUUCACAAGUCCGUUGAAUGCCAUUCUGCUAAAGGCACACAGGUAGCUGCACUGAACAAGGACUGUUGGCGAGCAAUUUUGCGCCACCUCUGCAUUGCAGAUGUGUUGGCGCCAUAGUAGGGUGUUCUUGUCAGUGCAAUAUGUUGCUUUCAUCGAACUAUCGCACCAAACGAGGGUUUCCCAUGCACUGAAGAGCAGCAUAGGAACUUCUAUACUUCGUAACAAGCAUCAUAUUCACAGUGACAUCUUGAAAUUUGUGACAAAGCUGCCAAUGGACUAAGUUGAAUCUAUUAAAUUCGUUAUGUUGCAAGUAAUUUAUGUAGUUAAUUUUGUGCCCACUGUUACUUAUCAGUCAUUUGCUGACUAGUCAUGUUUUUAAAUUAUUAUAUGCUCCUUGUUUUUGGACCACAAAAUAUCUUUGAUUUAUGUUUGUGGUAACUUGGUGGUAACAUCUGUCAAAAUUUUCUUACUAUUUGUUGCAGCCACACCUUGUGCUGGCUGUGUUGCAUAUGCUAGUACUGCUAUUGUUGUUUACGAUAGCCAAAACACCAUUUAUUGGUAUUGUUUUAGUUGGCUUAUUUGGCAUAAGUAUUCUUGCAAUAUUUUUCUGCUUUGCACUUGUGUGGUUUUAUAAUCAUUAUUUAUUUGAUAGUUAAUGUAUUUCCUGUAUAUAUGUCAGUUAGACCUUGAAACAGGUUUAAUUUUUAUGUGAACUGGUUUUAUGUUUAACCUUUCUUGACUUGCAACUUUCAUGUACCUAGUCCAGCUUUUCUUCGUAUUCUGUGUUCUGUUUGUUUGCAAGAACAUCAUAUGGAUUAGCGUACUAGUGCAGCCAUAUCCUUAGCAGCUAACUAGUUGCAGUGCUUAAAGCUCUGUUAAAGUAUAGCCAGUAUUGGAGUGGAGAUUGCUAGCAAUGAAUGCUGAAGGUUCAGAAUAAAUUGCUUAGUACAUAGCGAUGAAAAUAAUUCAGUUGUUUGACAUUCUUUGUCUUCCAUAAAUAAGACUUAAAAUUUCAAUUUCUAUAUUCAAUUUCUAAGAUGUUGAGUCUUCUUUGGUGCUGAUGCGACAUGAGCAUUUUUGAAAGACACUUGUUUAGCUGUAAAAGUGGCUACGCAGAGUAUAGGAGCACUGUUCCUAGUACUGUGAUUUAGCAUCACCAUAGUUUCUGUCACUUGUAUUAAAAUCUUUUUCAGAAAUUUUGAAACCGUUGUAUCCACCGUCAUCUACUCAUUGCAAAAAGUACAGGACUUGCUAUAUAGUGGCUUGAUUCCAGCUUUUCGAUAGCAUGGAAAAGCUUUGGUUGUGGUUAUCUUAUGCAUAAAUUUAAGUGACAUUGAUUGUACUAGGUUGUUACAGCCAUUUCUGUAACUCAUUUUAUAUCAACUGCCACUUCCGUAGCUGGCAAAGGUCCAAAAGAAUUGGGAGACCUUCUAAUUUGUUCCUUUUCUUUGCAAAGCUUAGAGAAGCUUUAAAUUAUUCUGAUGUAGUACAUCAGUAUGGAUAGCUUUUGUUUUCCAAGCCAUAGCAACUGUGAUGCUGUAAGUGCUGCUCGGGGUUGCGGAAAUGUUCUGAAUAAUAAAGUUUAUAUAAUUUGGCAUAAAA